AUGGUGACUGGCGGCGGCGGCCCUGCUCCUCUAGGGUCUGUCAGUGAGCGGCUCCCCCGGGCCCUUCUCCUGAGGGCGGCGGCGGCCGGGAGGAUGGCUGCGGCGGCCUCCUGCUCUGCGGCGGCGGCUGGGCCCGGGCCCGGGCCGGGGCCGGUGUCGGGCGGGCCGGGCUCCUGCGAGUGGCUGCUGCUGCGGGACGGCUGCCUGCGCUGCGACGCCGACGGCCUCUGCAGCCUCUGCUACCACCCGGCGCUCAACGCCAUCCUGGCCGUCACCGCUCGCGGCGCCAUCAAAGUCAUCGACGGCACCUCGGGGGCCACGCUGCAGGCGUCGGCGCUCAACGCUAAACCAGGUGGACGGGUGAAAUGUCAGUAUAUUUCUGCUGUGGAUAAAGUGAUCUUUGUGGAUGAUUAUGCAGUAGGAUGUAGGAAAGAUCUCAAUGGCAUCUUACUGUUAGACACAGCUCUGCAAACGCCUGUUUCAAAACAAGAUGAUGUGGUUCAGCUUGAAUUGCCGGUUACAGAGGCUCAACAGCUGUUAUCUGCUUGCAUAGAAAAAGUAGAUGUUUCUAGCACAGAGGGAUAUGACUUAUUCAUCACACAAUUGAAGGAUGGUUUAAAAAAUACCUCACAUGAAACAGCAGCAAAUCAUAAAGUUGCAAAGUGGGCAACGGUUAUGUUCCACCUUCCCCAUCAUGUUUUGAAGUCUGUCGCCAGUGCCAUUGUAAAUGAACUCAAGAAGAUAAAUCAAAAUAUUGCUGCCUUACCUGUAGCAUCCUCUGUGAUGGAUAGGUUAUCUUACCUCUUACCCAGCGCACGACCAGAACUUGGUGUGGGACCUGGUCGAUCUGUGGACAGGUCUUUGAUGUAUAGUGAAGCUAACAGACGGGAGACAUUCACUUCAUGGCCUCACGUGGGCUAUAGGUGGGCACAGCCAGAUCCUAUGGCUCAAGCUGGAUUCUAUCACCAGCCUGCUUCAUCAGGAGAUGACAGAGCCAUGUGCUUUACCUGUAGUGUGUGUUUGGUAUGCUGGGAGCCUACAGAUGAACCUUGGUCUGAACAUGAGAGACAUUCCCCAAACUGCCCGUUUGUCAAGGGUGAGCACACUCAGAAUGUACCUCUUUCAGUCACACUGGCAACAAGUCCAGCACAAUUUCCCUGCACAGAUGGCACUGACAGGAUAGCCUGCUUUGGAUCUGGAAGUUGCCCUCAUUUUCUAGCUGCUGCAACAAAACGAGGAAAGAUCUGUAUAUGGGAUGUUUCCAAACUUAUGAAGGUCCACUUAAAAUUUGAGAUCAAUGCAUAUGAUCCGGCUAUUGUGCAGCAACUUAUGUUAUCAGGAGAACAGAGCUCAGGGGUUGACUCAAGGAGACCAACACUAGCAUGGCUAGAAGAUUCAUCUAGCUGCUCAGAUAUACCAAAAUUAGAAGGAGACAGUGAUGACCUACUGGAGGAUUCAGACAGUGAAGAGCAUUCCAGAUCGGAAUCUGUGACAGGGCAUACAUCACAAAAAGAAACUAUGGAAGUCAGCCUUGAUAUAACUGCUCUCAGCAUUCUUCAGCAACCUGAAAAACUUCAGUGGGAAAUUGUUGCAAAUGUUCUGGAAGACACGGUUAAGGAUCUGGAAGAACUUGGGGCAAAUCCCUGUUUGGCCAACUGUAAGAGUGAAAAGAUGAAGGAAAAACAUCUAGAACAACACAACAUUCCCUUUCCUUGUUUAUUAGCUGGAGGUCUAUUAACAUACAAAUCACCUGCUACCUCUCCUGUUAGCAGUAACUCUCAGAGGUCACUGGAUGGCUUAAGUAGGACUCGAGGUGAGAGUGUCUCAGAACAGGGCUCGACUGACAAUGAAUCCUGCACGAACUCAGAACUGAAUUCCCCUCUGGUAAGGAGGACUUUACCUGUAUUGCUGCUAUACAGCAUUAAGGAGUCUGAUGAAAAAGCAGGAAAACUCUUUUCACAGAUGAACAAUAUUAUGAGUAAAAGUAUACAUGAUGAUGGUUUCACAGUUCCACAGAUCAUUGAAAUGGAGCUGGACAGUCAGGAACAGUUGCUGUUACAGGAUCCCCCUGUGACUUAUAUUCAGCAGUUUGCAGAUGCUGCGGCCAACCUGACUUCUCCGGACUCGGACAAGUGGAGCUCUAUGGUUCCCAAGCCUGGGACUUUGGUUCAGUGCCUGCGUCUGCCAAAGUUUGCAGAGGAGGAGAACCUGUGUGUAGAUUCAAUCACUCCUUGUGCAGAUGGAGUUCAUUUGUUAGUAGGACUGCGGACUUGUCCUGUUGAAUCUCUGAGUGCAAUAAAUCAAGUAGAGGCCUUGAAUAAUUUAAAUAAAUUAAACUCGGCACUAUGUAAUAGAAGGAAGGGGGAACUAGAAUCAAGUCUUGCUGUAGUGAAUGGCACGAGUAUUGAUGUAAUCCAACAUGAGUCACCAGCAGAUGUACCAACUCCUUUAAUUAUUCAACCUGAACAGAGAAGUGUUAGUGGUGGAUACCUAGUGCUUUAUAAGAUGAAUUAUGCCACUAGAAUAGUUACCCUAGAGGAGGAACCGGUAAAAAUCCAGCAUAUCAAAGACCCCCAAGACACAAUUACCUCAAUGAUUUUGCUCCCACCAGAUAUAUUGGAUAAUCGAGAGGAUGACUGUGAGGAACCUGUAGAGGAAAUACAAUUAACUUCUAAAAAUGGCAGUGGGAGAGAGAGAAGAUCUGAGAUCUCUACUCUUGGGCACCUGGUAAUAACUACUCAGGGAGGAUAUGUAAAAAUACUAGAUCUUUCGAACUUUGAAAUUCUGGCCAAAGUGGAGCCACCUAAAAAAGAGGGCACUGAGGAACCAGAUAUGUUUGUCUCUGUGAUAUACUGUUCGGGCACAGACAGAUUAUGUGCAUGCACCAAAGGUGGAGAACUUCAUUUCCUUCAGAUCGGAGGGACCUGCGAUGACAUAGAUGAAGCUGAUAUACUUGUAGAUGGAUCCCUUUCUAAAAGUGUAGAACAGUCAUCAGAAGGCACCAAGCCUUUAUCUAACCCUUCUAGUCCAGGUAUUACAGGAGUUGAUCUUUUGGUGGACCAGCCAUUUUCCCUUGAAACACUGACAUCCCUGGUGGAACUGACCCGUUUUGAGACCUUGACGCCACGGUUUUCGGCCACUGUCCCUCCCUGUUGGGUGGAGGUCCAGCAAGAGCAGCAGCAAAGGCGGCAUCCUCAGCAUUUGCACCAGCAGCACCAUGGGGAUGCAGCUCAGCAUACUCGAACUUGGAAGCUACAGACAGACAGCAACAGCUGGGAUGAGCAUGUCUUUGAACUGGUUCUACCAAAAGCCUGUAUGGUUGGACAUGUGGACUUCAAAUUUGUUUUGAAUUCAAACAUCACAAACAUUCCCCAGAUUCAAGUGACUUUACUGAAAAAUAAAGCUCCGGGCUUAGGGAAAGUCAGUGCUCAUAACAUUGAAGUGGAGAGAAAUGGAAAACCAGGACUGGUUGAAUUCAAUGAAGAAAUGCAGUAUAUGGAUGUAGAGGAACCACAAUGUCUUAGAUUGUGUCCGUUUCUGGAGGAACACAAGGAAGAUAUACUUUGCGGUCCAGUAUGGCUGGCUACUGGACUUGAUCUAUCUGGACAUGCUGGAAUGUUGACGCUAACAAGUCCAAAGCUUGUUAAAGGCAUGGCUGGUGGCAAGUACCGCUCAUUUUUAAUUCAUGUUAAAGCAGUGAAUGACAGAGGAACAGAAGAAAUCUGCAAUGGUGGCAUUAGACCAGUUGUUAGAAUACCAUCUCUAAAACCUCAGACUAACAAGGGCCAUUCCCUUGCUUCAUUGUUGGCAAAAGUUGCAGCAGGCAAGGAAAAGCCAUCUAGCAAAAUGGAAGCCACUAAUUCUUCAAGAAAAUCAGAUAAUCUGAGAGGCUGUGACUUACUUCAGGAAGUCUCUGUAACGAUUCGAAGAUUUAAAAAAACUUCAAUUUCGAAGGAAAGAGUUCAACGGUGUGCCAUGUUACAGUUUUCGGAGUUCCAUGAGAAGCUGCUCACCACUCUUUGCAAGAAGACAGAUGAUGGUCUGACUACAGAACAUGCUCAGAGUCUUGUUCUAGACACGCUUUGUUGGUUGGCUGGAGUGUAUUCAAAUGGACCUGGCAGCUCAAAGGAAGGAAAUGACAGCUUGCUUUCUAAAACACGUAAAUGUGUCUCUGAUAUAAUACGUGUUUGCUUCUUUGAAGCUGGGCGGAGCAUAGCUCACAAAUGUGCACGAUUUCUCGCCCUGUGUAUCAGCAAUGGCAGGUGUGACCCGAGUCAGCAGGGGUUUGGAUCAGUUCUUCUGAAAGCUUUACUGGACAAUAUGCCUCUUUUGCCUGCAGCUGCAACAGGUGGAUCUGUGUAUUGGUAUUUUGUAUUGCUGAAUUAUGUAAAGGAUGAAGAUUUGGCAGGAUGUAGUACAGCCUGUGCAUCACUGCUAACUGCCGUGUCCCGACAGUUGCAGGAUCGCUUAACACCUAUGGAAGCAUUACUUCAGACAAGAUAUGGAUUAUAUAGUUCACCUUUUGAUCCAGUUCUGUUUGAUUUGGAAAUAAGUGGCUCUUCUUGUAAAAAUGUGUACAACAGCAGCAUUGGAGUACAGUCAGAUGAAAUUGAUUUGUCUGAUGUUCUAUCAGGAAAUGGGAAAAUAAGUAACUGUGCAGCUGCUGAAGGUAGUUUUACUUCCCUUACUGGACUUCUGGAAGUUGAGCCUCUGCACUUUACCUGUGUUUCAACAAGUGAUGGAACUAGAAUAGAAAGGGACGAUGCAAUGAGUACCUUUGGGGUUACCCCAGCAGUUGGUGGCCUCUCUUCUGGAACGGUUGGGGAAGCCUCGACAGCUCUGAGUUCAGCAGCCCAGGUAGCUUUGCAGUCUCUCUCUCAUGCAAUGGCCUCAGCCGAGCAACAGCUCCAGGUGCUGCAAGAGAAACAGCAGCAGCUUUUGAAGCUUCAGCAACAGAAAGCUAAGCUGGAAGCAAAACUGCACCAGACAACAGCAGCAGCAGCGGCAGCAGCAUCAGCAGUUGGUCCUGUUCACAACUCUGUGCCUUCUAAUCCAGUAGCAGCCCCAGGGUUCUUCAUCCAUCCUUCAGAUGUCAUUCCACCCACACCGAAAACAACACCCCUGUUCAUGACUCCACCUUUGACUCCACCUAAUGAGGCAGUUUCUGCUGUUAUUAAUGCAGAGCUUGCUCAGCUUUUCCCUGGUUCGGUCAUUGAUCCGCCAACAGUUAACCUUGCAGCACAUAACAAAAGUACAAGCAAGUCUAGAACGAAUCCACUUGGAUCUGGUCUUGCCCUUGCAAUAUCUCACGCUUCACAUUUUCUUCAACCUCCACCUCAUCAGUCAAUUAUUAUAGAGCGAAUGCACUCAGGAGCAAGAAGAUUUGUGACCUUAGAUUUUGGAAGACCUAUAUUGCUGACAGACGUAUUGAUUCCCACUUGUGGAGAUUUGGCUUCUUUGUCAAUUGACAUCUGGACUUUAGGAGAAGAAGUGGAUGGAAGGCGGCUGGUAGUGGCUACAGACAUUAGCACACAUUCGCUUAUUUUACAUGACUUGUUGCCACCCCCAGUUUGCAGGUUUAUGAAGAUCACUGUUAUUGGUCGAUACGGUAGCACAAAUGCUAGAGCAAAAAUCCCGUUAGGAUUUUAUUACGGCCAUACCUAUAUCUUACCCUUUGAAAAUGAGCUGAAACUAAUGCAUGAUCCCCUCAGAGGAGAAGGUGAAGCUGCAAAUCAGCCAGAAAUUGACCAACAUUUGGCAAUGAUGGUUGCCUUGCAAGAAGACAUACAAUGCAGGUACAAUUUGGCCUGUCAUCGGUUAGAAAUCCUUCUGCAGAGUAUUGACCUGCCACCACUCAACAGUGCUAACAAUGCCCAGUACUUCUUACGAAAGCCAGACAAAGCAGUAGAAGAAGACAGCAGAGUAUUUUCUGCUUACCAGGACUGUAUUCAGCUACAGCUUCAACUCAACUUGGCUCAUCAUGCUGUUCAGAGGCUCAAAGUAGCAUUAGGUGCAAGCAGGAAAACACUGAAGGAGCAAUCUGAUCCAAAAGAGUUGAUUCAGAUGUCAUCCACAGAACAGUUACGCACCAUCAUUAGAUACUUACUGGAUACUUUGCUUAGUUUGCUUCAUUCUUCCAAUGGGCACUCUGUUCCUGUGGUUCUGCAAAGUACUUUUCAUGCUCAAGCUUGUGAAGAAUUAUUUAAACACCUGUGCAUCAGUGGAACCCCAAAGAUACGAUUGCAUACUGGCCUUCUGCUUGUUCAACUCUGUGGAGGAGAAAGAUGGUGGGGCCAGUUUCUCUCAAAUGUACUGCAGGAAUUAUACAAUUCAGAGCAACUUCUCAUAUUCCCACAAGACAGGGUCUUCAUGUUGCUUUCUUGCAUUGGCCAAAGAUCGCUUAGCAACAGUGGUGUUUUAGAAAGUUUACUUAAUCUCCUGGAUAACCUGCUGUCACCACUGCAACCUCAUUUACCUGUGCACAGAAGAACUGAAGGAGUUUUAGACAUUCCCAUGAUCAGCUGGGUUGUAAUGCUGGUGUCCAGACUACUGGAUUAUGUAGCUACUGUUGAAGAUGAAGCAGCCACAGCCAAGAAACCUCUGAAUGGUAAAGAGAGGGAACGAUUUUUGACAGGAAACCAAUGGAGUUUUAUAAAUAAUAGCCUUCACACUCAGAGUCUGAGCAGAUCUACUAAAGGCAACAGUAGCCUAGACAGACUGUAUUCCCGAAAGAUCAGAAAACAGCUUGUGCAUCAUAAACAGCAACUUAACUUAUUAAAAGCAAAACAGAAGGCUUUGGUGGAACAGAUGGAAAAAGAGAAAAUACAAAGCAACAAAGGAUCAUCAUACAAACUUUUAGUAGAACAGGCAAAACUAAAGCAGGCUACUUCAAAGCACUUCAAGGACUUAAUACGCUUACGUCGGACUGCAGAAUGGCCUCGUUCUACUUUAGAUACAGAAGUAUCAACAACAAAGGAAACUCCAGAAAUUGAACCCCUUCCAUUUACACUGGCCCAUGAACGCUGUAUUUCUGUAGUGCAGAAGCUGGCACUCUUUCUCUUGUCCAUGGACUUUACUUGUCAUGCAGAUUUACUUCUCUUUGUUUGUAAGGUUCUUGCGAGAAUUGCAAAUGCUACCAGACCAACAAUUCAUUUAUGUGAGAUUGUAAAUGAGACGCAGUUGGAAAGAUUAUUGCUGCUUCUCGUUGGAACUGACUUUAACAGAGGAGACAUCUCUUGGGGAGGGGCAUGGGCUCAAUAUUCUCUGACUUGCAUGCUGCAGGAUAUUCUAGCAGGAGAGCUGUUGGCGCCUAUAGCAGCUGAAGCUAUGGAAGAAAGUGCUUUGGGAGAAGAUGCUGGAGCUUCAGCUGGGGAUUCCGAUGACUCCCUCCAGCAGUCCACGGUUCAGUUAGUGGAGACAAUAGAUGAGCCUUUGACACAUGACAUCACAGGUGCUCCACCUCUUUCAUCAUUGGAAAAAGAUAAGGACAUCGACCUUGAAUUACUGCAAGACCUGAUGGAAGUUGAUAUUGAUCCUUUGGAUAUCGAUUUGGAAAAAGAUCCCCUUGCAGCCAAAGUCUUCAAGCCUAUAAGCAGCACCUGGUACGAUUACUGGGGUGCCGAUUAUGGCACCUACAAUUACAAUCCUUAUAUUGGAGGUGUUGGAAUUCCAGUUGCAAAACCACCAGUAACUACAGAGAAAAAUGGAUCACAAACUGUGAGCGUAUCAGUCUCUCAAGCUUUAGAUGCGCGUCUAGAAGUUGGACUUGAACAGCAGGCUGAGCUGAUGCUGAAAAUGAUGUCCACCCUGGAGGCUGAUUCCAUUCUACAAGCAUUAACAAACACAUCUCCUACAUUAACCCAGUCUCCUAGUGGAACAGAUGAUGCAUUGCUAAGAGGAUUACAUGCUGCUAACCAAAACACCCAGUUGAUUGUACAGUUGUCAUCUAUACCUAUGCUAAGCACAUGCUUCAACAAACUCUUUUCCAUGUUACAAGUCCACCAUGUUCAGCUUGAAUCCCUUUUACAGUUAUGGCUCACAUUAAGCCUAAAUUCCAGCUCCUCUGGAAGUAAAGAUAGUGGCGCUGACAUUUUCCUUUAUAAUGCUAACCGAAUACCUGUCAUUUCCUUGAACCAAGCUUCAGUAACUAGCUUCCUGUCAGUUCUGGCAUGGUAUCCUAAUACCUUACUGCGGACAUGGUGCCUUGUGCUUCAUAGCCUAACUCUCAUGACAAAUAUGCAGCUUAAUGCUGGUCCAAGCAGUGCCAUUGGAGCUCAGGAAAGUACUGCCCAGUUGUUGGUGUCAGAUCCAAACCUCAUUCAUGUGUUAGUGAAAUUUCUUUCCGGCACUAAUCCUCAUGGAACAAAUCAACACAGUCCACAGGUUGGGCCAACAGCGACACAAGCUAUGCAAGAAUUUCUUACUAGAUUACAAGUGCACCUUUCUUCAACUUGUCCUCAGAUGUUCAGUGAAUUUUUAUUGAAAUUAAUACAUAUACUUUCAACAGAAAGGGGUGCUUUCCAGACGGGCCAGGGACCCUUGGAUGCACAAGUGAAACUCUUGGAAUUUACCCUGGAACAGAAUUUUGAAGUUGUAUCAGUUAGCACUAUUUCUGCAGUAAUUGAGUCUGUAACCUUCCUUGUGCAUCAUUACAUUACAUGUUCAGACAAAGUGAUGUCUCGCAGUGGCUCAGACAGCUCUGUGGGUGCUCGAGCGUGUUUUGGAGGGCUUUUUGCCAAUAUUAUCCGUCCAGGUGAUGCCAAAGCAGUUUGUGGAGAAAUGACAAGGGAUCAACUUAUGUUUGAUUUGUUAAAGCUGGUCAACAUUUUAGUUCAACUGCCGCUUUCCAGUAACCGAGAAUAUAGUGCCCGUGUUCCAGUAGCAAGCAGUACUACAGACAGUGUGUCUGAUGAAGAAAAGGUUUCAGGAGGCAAAGAUGGCAACGGAAGCAACCCUAAUAUUCAAGGAUCAGCUGCAUAUGUGGCAGACUUGGUGUUAGCCAACCAACAAAUUAUGAGCCAGAUUUUGUCUGCACUUGGCCAGUGUAACAGCAGUGCUAUGGCAAUGAUUAUUGGGGCAAGUGGCUUACAUCUCACUAAACAUGAAAACUUUCAUGGUGGCUUGGAUGCAAUAUCAGUUGGAGAUGGGUUGUUCACUAUCCUGACAACACUUAGUAAAAAAGCAACAACAGUGCAAGUGAUGCUUCAGCCAAUUCUUACCUACAUGGCCUGUGGGUACAUGGGAAGACAAGGUUCUCUCGCCACUUGUCAGUUAUCUGAGCCACUGCUCUGGUUCAUUUUACGAGUGCUGGAUACAAGUGAGGCACUGAAAGCUUUCCAUGAUAUGGGUGGUGUUCAGCUUAUUUGUAACAACAUGGUAACGAGCACAAGAGCUAUUGUUAAUACAGCAAGAAGUAUGGUUUCGACUAUUAUGAAAUUUCUUGAUUCUGGUCCCACCAAAGCAGCAGACAGCAGUUUGAAAGCUAGAGUACUAGCUUCUGAGCCUGACAAUGCAGAAGGAAUUCACAAUUUUGCACCUUUGGGUUCCAUCACCUCAAGCAGUCCCACCGCUCAGCCUGCUGAAGUGCUGUUACAGGCUACUCCUCCCCACAGACGAGCUCGGUCUGCAGCAUGGUCAUACAUAUUUUUACCCGAGGAAGCUUGGUGCGACCUCACAAUUCACCUUCCUGCAGCCGUGCUGCUCAAGGAGAUCCACAUCCAGCCUCACCUGGCCUCUCUGGCAACUUGCCCUUCAUCAGUAUCUGUUGAAAUAAGCGCAGAUGGGGUCAAUAUGUUACCUUUGUCAACUCCUGUUAUCACAAGUGGUCUCACGUAUAUAAAAAUCCAGCUGGUAAAAGCUGAAGUUGCCUCAGCUGUCUGCCUCCGUCUCCAUCGUCCUCGGGAUGCCAGUACACUCGGCCUCUCUCAGAUCAAACUCUUAGGCCUCACGGCCUUCGGAAACACUUCGUCUGCAACCGUCAAUAAUCCAUUCCUUCCCUCUGAGGAUCAGGUCUCUAAAACAAGUAUUGGAUGGUUAAGAUUAUUACACCACUGCCUCACUCACAUAAGUGAUUUAGAAGGAAUGAUGGCUAGUGCUGCAGCACCCACUGCUAAUCUGUUACAGACAUGUGCUGCUCUACUAAUGUCACCUUACUGUGGUAUGCAUUCUCCAAACAUUGAGGCUGUGCUUGUAAAAAUUGGGCUUCAGUCCACCAGAAUAGGCCUAAAAUUGAUUGACAUUCUUCUAAGAAACUGCUCAGCAUCAGGGAGUGAUCCUGCAGAUCUGAAUAGCCCUUUACUGUUUGGAAGAUUAAAUGGUCUUUCUUCUGACUCCACAAUAGACAUUCUUUAUCAGCUUGGAACAACUCAAGACCCUGGAACAAAAGAUAGAAUUCAAGCACUGCUGAAAUGGGUCAGUGAUUCCGCAAGAGUUGCAGCUAUGAAAAAAAGUGGCCGGGUCAGCUAUAUUUGUCCAAAUAGCUCAACAAGAGAGUAUGGUCUUUUGAUGCCAUCUCCUUCCCAUUUGCAUUGCGUAGCAGCAAUUCUGUGGCAUAGUUAUGAAUUGCUUGUUGAAUAUGAUCUACCAGCAUUGCUAGACAGAGAGCUCUUUGAGUCACUGUUUAACUGGUCCAUGUCUCUUCCCUGCAACAUGGUUUUGAAGAAAGCUGUUGAUAGUUUGCUUUGUUCAAUGUGCCACAUCCACCCCAAUUAUUUUUCAUUGCUUAUGGGAUGGAUGGGUAUCACUCCUCCUCCAAUGCAGUGUCAACACAGACUGUCCAUGACUGAUGACAGCAAAAAGCAGGACCUUAGUUCAUCUUUAACAGAUGACUCUAAAAAUGCACAAGCUCCUCUUGCACUAACAGAGUCUCACCUGGCUACUCUUGCUGCCUCAUCUCAGUCUCCUGAAGCUAUCAAGCAGUUAUUGGACUCGGGUUUGCCUUCACUGCUUGUAAGAAGUCUUGCUAGUUUUUGCUUUAACCAUACUUCUAGUCCUGACUGCACUGCACAAUCAAUGGAUAUCACCCAGGACAGGCUCAGGAGGCAUCAUGUUCCACAGCACUUUAACAAAAUGCCUAUCACGGCAGACCUGGUUGCUCCUGUUCUCAGGUUUUUGACAGAAGUUGGCAACAGCCACAUAAUGAAGGAUUGGUUGGGUGGCUCUGAAGUCAAUCCAUUGUGGACAGCACUUUUAUUUCUGUUGUGCCAUUCUGGUGCUACUUCUGGAGGACACAAUGUGACUGCACAACAGACCAGUGCAAGAUCUAGCUUGCUUUCUUCAACUGUAACAACAGGGUUGACCACUCAGCAGCGGACAGCAAUUGAAAAUGCAACAGUUGCUUUCUUCUUACAGUGCAUUUCUUGCCAUCCUAAUAAUCAGAGACUUAUGGCACAGGUUCUCUGUGAAUUGUUCCAGUCCUCUCCUCAGCGUGGGAACCUCCCAACCUCUGGAAAUAUUUCAGGAUUUAUUAGGAGGCUUUUUUUGCAGCUGAUGCUUGAGGAUGAGAAAGUGACUUUGUUUCUUCAGUCACCAUGUCCUCUAUACAAAGGUAGAAUUAAUGCUACUAGUCAUGUAAUUCAACAUCCAAUGUAUGGAGCUGGACACAAAUUUCGUACUCUUCACUUGCCUGUCUCAACAACUCUAGCAGAGGUUCUUGAUCGUGUGUCAGAUACACCCAGUAUCACGGCUAAGCUAAUUAAUGAACAGAAGGAAGAUAAAGAAAAAAAGAACUAUGAAGAGAAAGAAAAAGUUAAAGCAGAAAAUGGAUUUCAGGACAACUAUAGUGUUGUUGUUGCUUCUGGUUUGAAGUCUCAGUCAAAAAGGGCUGUUUCAUCCACCCCUCCUCGUCCACCAUCAAGGCGAGGAAGAGUGAUGGCUGAUAAAGUAGGUACCUCUUCCUCAGGAGGAGAAUCUUCGAGCAAGACCAUUAGUGUUCCAGUCUUUCACCUAUACCAUAAACUUCUACCAGGCCAGCCAUUACCAGCUGAAAUGACACUUGCCCAGCUUCUGACUCUGCUAUAUGACCGUAAACUCCCUCAGGGAUACCGAUCAAUAGAUUUGACAGUUAAGCUUGGUUCCAAAGUCAUCUCAGAUCCAAGCUUAUCAAAAACAGACUCAUUUAAACGUCUUCACACAGAAAAAGAACAUGCAGAUUUACUGGGUCCUUGCCCUGAAGAUGAAGCAAUCAGUCCUGGGGAUGAGUGUAUGGAUGCAGUUCUGGAUGAAUCGCUUCUUGAAACCUGUCCCAUUCAGUCUCCACUGCAGGUUUUUGCAGGAAUGGGUGGAUUAGCCCUUAUUGCAGAGAGACUCCCAAUGCUUUAUCCCGAUGUAAUUCAGCAAGUGAGCACUCCAGUGGUUACAUCGACUACGCAGGAAAAGCAGAAGGACAGUGAUCAGUUUGAAUGGGUUACCAUUGAACAAUCAGGGGAAUUGGUGUAUGAAGCACCAGAAACAAUUGCUGCAGAACCUCCACCAAUCAAGUCAACAGUUCAGACUAUGUCGCCCAUACCCGCACAUUCUUUGGCUGCCUUUGGUUUAUUUCUUCGUCUCCCGGGCUAUGCUGAGGUGCUGCUAAAAGAACGGAAACAUGCUCAGUGUCUGUUGAGAUUGGUGUUGGGAGUUACAGAUGAUGGUGAAGGAAGUCAUAUCCUGCAGUCUCCUUCGGCAAAUGUGCUUCCAACUCUACCCUUCCAUGUGUUGCGUAGUUUGUUCAGCACUACGCCAUUGACUACUGAUGAUGGAGUACUGCUUAGGCGGAUGGCACUGGAGAUUGGGGCUAUACAUCUUAUCCUUGCUUGUCUGUCUGCUCUAAGCCACCACGCACCAAGAGUGCCCAACUCCAGUCCCAACCAGGCAGAGCCACAGGUGUCAAGUACACACAACAGUGCAUCAACAGAAGAACAGCAGUUGUACUGGGCUAAAGGUACAGGCUUUGGAACAGGCUCCACAGCUUCAGGAUGGGAUGUUGAACAAGCUUUGACUAAGCAAAGGCUGGAAGAAGAGCACGUAACCUGCCUUCUACAGGUUCUUGCCAGUUACAUAAAUCCUGCAGGGAGUACAUCAAACGGAGAGACCCAAACUAGCCACGAGGGGAGAGGACAAAACAGCAGUGCUCUUCCAUCUGUUCUCCUAGAGCUACUCAGUCAAUCUUGCCUCAUCCCAGCAAUGUCAUCCUACCUCCGCAAUGAUUCAGUUUUGGAUAUGGCCCGGCAUGUCCCCCUUUACCGAGCGCUGCUAGAAUUGCUCCGUGCUAUUGCAUCCUGCACAUCGAUGGUACCAUUACUGCUUCCUCUGUCAGGAGAAAAUAGCGAAGAGGAGGAAGAACAAUUGGAGUCACAAGCUUCUGUUGGGACUUUGUUGGCUAAAAUGAAGACCUGCGUAGAUACCUAUACCAACCGACUGAGGUCUAAAAAGGACAAAGCUAAAGCAGGAGUAAAACCAGAUACUUCUGAUCAAGAACCAGAGGGCCUGACACUUUUGGUACCAGACAUCCAAAAGACUGCGGAGAUAGUUUAUGCUGCUACCACCAGUUUGCGCCAAGCAAACCAAGAAAAGAAGAUGGCUGAAUACUCCAAAAAGGCUGCUGUGAAGCCCAAGCCUUUGUCUGUUUUACGGUCUCUUGAAGAAAAGUAUGUGGCUGUGAUGAAAAAACUCCAGUUUGACACAUUUGAAAUGGUGUCUGAAGAUGAUGACGGAAAAUUGGUUUUUAAAGUAAAUUACCACUACAUGUCUCAGGUAAAAAAUGCAAGUGACGCCAACAGUGCUGCCAGAGCCCGACGCCUUGCUCAAGAAGCUGUGACCCUUUCAACAUCGCUGCCUCUGUCAUCUUCAUCCAGCGUUUUUGUCCGCUGUGAUGAGGAGCGGCUUGACAUUAUGAAGGUUCUCAUUACUGGUCCUGCAGACACCCCUUACGCAAAUGGUUGCUUUGAAUUUGAUGUAUAUUUUCCACAAGACUACCCUAAUUCCCCUCCGCUUGUGAAUCUGGAAACAACUGGAGGCCACAGUGUGAGAUUUAAUCCAAACCUCUACAAUGAUGGCAAGGUGUGUUUAAGCAUACUUAACACAUGGCAUGGGAGGCCAGAAGAGAAAUGGAACCCUCAAACAUCAAGUUUUUUGCAGGUGUUAGUGUCUGUCCAAUCCCUAAUACUGGUAGCAGAACCAUAUUUUAACGAACCAGGUUAUGAGCGAUCCAGAGGUACUCCGAGUGGUACCCAGAGCUCCAGAGAGUAUGAUGGAAAUAUACGACAGGCAACAGUCAAGUGGGCAAUGCUUGAACAAAUCAGAAAUCCAUCACCUUGUUUUAAGGAGGUCAUCCACAAACAUUUUUACCUGAAAAGAGUGGAGAUCAUGGCUCAGUGUGAGGAGUGGAUAGCAGACAUACAGCAGUACAGCAGUGACAAACGGGUAGGCAGGACUAUGUCCCAUCAUGCAGCAGCUUUGAAGCGUCAUACGGCCCAGUUGCGGGAAGAACUUCUAAAGCUUCCUUGUCCCGAAGGAAUGGACCCAGACGCUGAUGAUGCCACAGAAAAAUGCAGUGCCACAAGCUCAGAAGAAACUAUGUUGCACGAACAGGUUAAACCCAGUAGCAGUAAAGACAUCCCCACUGAUUUCAAGUUAUGAGUUGCAUUGACAUGGACUUUCUAGACACAAAGGCUUUGAAGCACAAGCCAAAUAUGUCAAUAUUUGUAUGUAAGAAGCGAAUUAUGUAAUAGGUAAUGAAAUUGAAACUAUACUAUGCCCUUAAGGAUAUACAGUUUAAUUCAAGAUGAUCUUUUAUUUACCUGUACAAGAGUGUAAACUUUUUCGUGCUUUUAUUUUUCAAUUGUGAGAACCACUGAUUGGUAUGUUUAAAAAGUUAUGUAUACAACAAAUGGAUAAAUCACUGAUAUAUAAGGGAAACUACCUUAGGAAAGAAUGUUUACUGAAUGUUUAUUUUUUUUUUACUUGUAGAGUGAGGGCGGUUGUAACAAAGAAUAUAUAUUGGUCAUUCUUACAGCUACUAUUUAAAGUCAGAAACUUUUCACUGAAUUUGAUAGAUUUUACGUUUGGCCAUAUAUUCAUGCUCAUAUUUGAUUCUAAAAAAAAAACCUCCUGUAUACUUCAAUAAACGUUAAGUGGACAUGA